AUGACGCAUUACUACAACGAAUACUUCGAUUACGAGGCCGAUCUCGCGAACAAGCAGCGCGGAAAGUGGAACGGCGGCUCGGGGGUGCUUCCCGAGGGCCUGCUGCCGCGCUGGCUGGCGCUCGCCGCGGCGAACGUGCUGCUCAUCGGCAGCGUCGUCACGCAGCUCGCCUUCUUCCGCGCCCCCGCGCAAUGCGUCGCGUGCGCGACGCUCUUCCUCUCCUGGGCGUACACCGCGCCGCCCUUCAAGCUCCACUAUCGCGGCUUGGGCGAAGCGACCGUUGCCGCCGUGCUGACGUGCAGCGUCCCCGUGAUGGGCGCGCUGCAGCGCCGCGACGACAACGCGUUCGUGCUUCCCACGUCGCUCCGCGCGAUCAUCCCGCUGCUGUGCGCGCAGCAGUUGGUGCGGAUGAUGAUCAUGAAUCUCCCCGACAUCGAUUCCGACCUGCAGUGCGGCAAAAUCACGUUGACCGCGCGACUGGGGCCGGAGCGCGACGAUCCACGUGGCAUCGACGUCGCUAAUGCUGGUCCUAGCGCAAGCCGUGGUGCUGAUGACGCAGUGAGUGAAAGUGAGUCAUCAUGGGCGGUGGAUGCGGGAAGUGGCGAGAGGUAA